CUGGCAGAGAAAGAUUCCGAGGCCCAAGAAAAUUAAUUCCAUUUUAUUUUGUAUUUUUAUUAGGAAUGUCUGCUAUGAUGUUUGCUGGGAAGCUUGCCAUGGUGACAGGUGGUGGGAGUGGGAUUGGACGAGCGGUCUGCCGUGUGUUGGCGAGAGAAGGAGCACGAGUGGUUGCCGCCGAUUUAAAUCCAGAUGCAGCUCAGCAGACUGUUGACAUGCUUAUCAACCCCAAUAAUCAUCUGGCGGUAAGCAUGAAUGUUGUUGAGAAAGCAUCUAUAGCUUCGGCAAUCAGGACAUCCGUAGAGAAGUACAGUACUCCUCCAAGUCUUGUGGCCAAUGCUGCUGGUAUCACGCGUGAUAACUUCUUGCUGCAGAUGGAGGAGAAUACCUUCAUGGAAGUUUUGGACGUUAAUGUUAAGGGGUCCUUUUUAGUCACACAGUUGGUAGCGGGCCAGCUUGUUGAACAUGGUUUGAAAGACGGAGCAAUAGUAAAUCUGUCUAGUAUUAUUGGCAAGACUGGAAACCUGGGCCAGUGCAACUAUGCAGCUAGCAAGGCUGCUGUUAAUGGCUUUACUAAGACAGCAGCAAGAGAAUUAGCCAAACUGGGUAUACGUGUCAACAGUGUUCUGCCAGGCUUCACCAGAACCCCAAUGACGGAAACUGUCCCUGAUAAAGUAAUUGAGAAGUUACUGAAGCUGAUUCCUCUUCAUAGAGUAGCAGAACCUGAAGAAAUUGCAGAGGUUGUGGCCUUCCUUCUCUCAGACAAGAGCAGCUACAUGACUGGUACCUGUGUUGAGGUUACAGGGGGACUCGCCAUGUGAAUGUAAUUUUUCUUUGUGAAAGAGUGGAAAUGACAGUGUAUGAUGGAAAGAUAGUCUUCUAAUUUUAUUUUAGGUGUGUGUUUGCAUAUAACUUAGCUAAUGAAGUGUUGAUUCACGUGUACUAUAAUGAUUUUUCAGUAAUUUGUUUCAAAUUUUACUGAUAGUAUUCCAUCCAUUUUUAACAUACAAUUUACUGGAUAAGUCACUCAGUCGCUCAGGGUACUUAGGGAUUAUACACCAAGCUUCCAUGCACAAACAUUACUUAUUAUUUCUCUGCAUUUUUUGUAAGAAUUAUGUUUAUCUGUAAAUCAGAUGAUUGACUUAUCUUGAUAUUUUUAUUUAUCCAUGUCAGUUUUAUUUUCAGGAGAAAAUAUAAAGAUGCUUUGGUAAAUUGCAUAAUUGGAGUAAUUUCCAUUUACUGGUUAUUUAUACUACAAGUAAUUAUUUUGAAGUCAGAUUUGGUGACAAUUAUGAACCAUCCCAUAUUGUAUAGUACUGCUCAAAAAAAUUUAAGAUAUUAAGUAGGUGAUAUGAUAUGAUACCCAAAAUUGUUUGUAUUAUAAUUGCUUAAUAUGUGCACAUAAUUGAAUAAAAAUAAUCAAAAUCCAUGGAUUUAAACAUUUACAAGUUUAGCAUUUGUGACUGGAAAUCCACAUGGUUCAACCCAGUUGUAUAUUUAAAUGUAUAAUAAUGAUAAUAAAUCAAAAGGUGCUAUCACAAGAGAUCAAAUUCUGUUGAAAGUAGAUAGAACCUAAAACAUUGAAAUAAUUUCAGAAGUAAAAAAAUCCAAGUAUUUAUGGGGGAAAAAAACAAAACAAGGAUGGGCUGAUGAAUGUUUAUAUUGUCUUUCGCCCCACCCAUGCAAGUAGUGGUUAGGCCAGCGUUGCCUCCCAAGCCACAGUUUUACCAUUUGUUUUCAAAAUGUUAACGUUUGCAAUGGUUUUAGGAAUGUAACCCUCAUGGAUAAGGACCAGCUGUAUCUCCAUAUCAUUAAAAAUGUUUGAUUUUCUAUUUAGUAUAACUAUUGAGUAAUUAUACUUUGAUGUACACGUCAUAUUUUGAAUCUGUAAUUCUUAAAAAUGCAUACAUGUUUUUGUAUCAGUAUGUGUGUGGUUAAUCUUAAUAAGUUCAACUGAGGAAUACACUUGGAUACAUGCGAACAAGCUUUUAUCUUGUCAACGCCUGUGAAUAGGAUAGGAUUACAGGACAUUACAGUACAAAGGAGCAUCUCCACAGGUCACAGAUUAAAGGUUACAUCUACAGUAAUCAACAUGCUCAAGGUGGUAGCUCAAAACAGUCCUAUGAGCAUUAAUUUAAAAAGUGAAGUUGUGUGAUGUGUGUCUUGAAUGUGUCUAGACGUGUUGUUAUUUUUAUAAGAAACUUUAAAGGGACAUAAUGAAGAACUAACCAGGGAAUAAAGGUGCUCUUUAUAUAUGUAGGUGAUUUUAAUGUAGUGUGAAGAUGAGAAAUAUAUAUACUUACAGAAAAAA